AUGCACAUGAUGGGCCUCAGCAACUGGUUGCACUGGAGCGCCUGGUUCCUUAUGUUCUUCCUCUUCCUCCUGGUGUCUGUGUUUUUUGUCACCGUGCUCUUCUGUGUCAAGGUGAGCAAGCAAGGAGCAGUGCUCACCAACAGUGACCCCACGCUGGUGUUCACCUUCCUCGCCAUCUUCUCCAUCUCCUCUAUCUCCUUCAACUUCAUGGUUAGCACUUUCUUCUCAAGAGUGAGAGCCAGUCGUGGUGUCCCCAUACAAUUGACCUUUUCCCUCUGGCUCCUCUCUGUGCUGGCCGCAAACCUGGGCGCUGCGUUUUUUGGCGGCUUCCUCUACUUCUUCUCCUACAUCCCUUACUUCUUCAUCGCGCCCCGCUACGACCUCAUGUCCCACAGCCAGAAGCUGGCCUCCUGCCUCAUCUCCAACGUGGCCAUGGCCAUGGGGGCCCAGCUCAUCGGCAUGUUUGAAGGAAAAGGGACCGGCAUUCAGUGGCGGGACCUCACGAAGCCCAUCAGCGUGGACGACAACUUCACCUUGGCCCACGUGCUGGGCAUGCUGCUCCUGGACUCGGUGCUGUACGGCCUGGUGGCCUGGUACGUGGAGGCUGUCUGCCCCGGGGAGUACGGCGUGCCCCAGCCCUGGUACUUCUUCCUGACGCCCUCAUACUGGUGUGCGCGCCCCAGGACUGUCGUGGGCAAAGAGAAGGAGGAGGAGGAGGACCCUGAGAAAGCUCUGAAGAGCCAGUACAUCGAGGAGGAACCUGCUGACCUGGUGUCAGGCAUCAAAAUCAAGCACCUUUCCAAGGUCUUCAAGGUGGGCAACAAGACGAAGGAGGCGGUCAAGGACCUAACAGUGAACAUGUACGAGGGGCAGAUCACCGUCCUGCUGGGACACAACGGUGCUGGCAAGACCACCACUCUGUCCAUGCUCACAG